GAAUUCCCUUUCCCAUCUUUGUCGACUGGCCAUAAAUCGUAGUGGUCACUGGACUCAAGCUUCUCUGUUGAGUUGCUCUUACAUUCUUUUCAUUCACCAUCAUGUAUCCUCCUCAACCGAACCUGGGCAAAGCAACCAGUUCACAAACCUCUUUAAUCGACCCGAACCAAAGAAGAGUCCAACUCAACCAAGGAACCUCUGCCGAUUUCGCUGAACGUGGUGCUAUUCCCGGUAUGCCCACCCCGGACACCAGCCCACGACCAGGACUCAGUCGUAAUUCGAGUUGGGACAUGCUCAAAAGAUUUGAGCAUUCGUACGAAGAGUUUGAUUCCAGAAAUGCAAAGGAAAAUCAUCUAGCAUUCGCAGACGGGGAUCUACCUCAAAACAAGGUGUCUAAAGUCUACCACUACCUCCUGAAUGUAUCUAUCGUGACGAGAUGGUUCCUGUUCAUCAUACCAGUCAUGGGCAUCAUAUGGAUUCCUGCUAUCUUGCAAUUUACAACUUAUCCCAACGGUGAAAUUUGGGCAGUGAAGCUAUUGUGGUGGAGUAUCUGGCUAAGCAUUGUAUGGGGAGGCUGGUGGGCCGCUCUCGCUCUAUCGCGUAUACUACCUGGAAUCAUCAGGUCUACCAUUGGUGUCGUCGCUUUCGGAACGCGGAAGUACAUCGACUGGGCUGCAGUGCUUCACCGCUAUGUCGCCUUGUUCGUCUGGACUCUUGCGUUGUGGAUUUCCUGGCAACCAUUGAUCAAUAGAAGACAACGAUCAGACGCCUCUGAUAGUAGUAAACAUAUCAUUGACUUCAUUUCCAAGCUUCUUUUCGGCAUCUACCUCUGUGCAGCGGUUUUACUAUUCGAAAAGUUUGCGAUUCAGUGGAUUGCGGGGAAAUUUCACGAAAGGAGCUACGCUGAGCGUAUCGCAGAUCAAAAAUUUGCCGUCAGGUCUCUCGUUACACUUUAUCGAAAUUCGUCGGACAUACCAGGUCGGACAGACACGCUGAAAGGAGCCGACUCGACUACUGCGCUCAAGACACGAAAAUUCUUCAAAAAGGCACUGAAAGGUGUCAGAAAUGCUGCGACAACGACAACGACAGCGUUGGGUAACGUGGCUUCAGAAAUCGCUGGAAGCUCUGUUCUACAACCCAACUCGCCUCAGGCCAUGGUCAAAACGGCGCUGGAGUCAGCAAAUAAAUCCCGUUUACUCGCUCGACGUCUUUUCUAUUCGUUUGUCAGACCGGGAUCGGAUUACCUGUUCGUGGAGGACAUCACCAAGUUUUUUGCCUCGCAGGAAGAAGCGGAUCGUGUCUUUUCCUUGUUUGACCGAGACGGAAAUGGCGACGCCUCCCGAGAUGAGGUAGAAAUGGCAUGCAUGGACUUCCAUCGCGAACAACUUUCAAUCGAGCAUUCGAUGCAGGAUCUGGACAGUGCAGUGGGAAGAUUGGACAACAUUCUCAUGAGUUUAUAUGUGAUCGUUGCGGCGUUGAUUAUCGCUGUUUGCCUGGAAGCGCAAUUCACGACGGUUAUUACCGGUGCUGGGACCUUGAUCCUCGGUCUGAGCUGGCUGAUUGGUGGCAGUCUGACUGAAGUACUCACUAGUAUCAUCUUCUUGUUCAUCAAACAUCCGUUCGAUGUGGGGGACAGGAUUGAAGUCAGCAAGGCUACGUACUCGGUGAAGGAGAUCAGAUUGUUGACGACUAUCUUGGUUGAUGGAACUGGUACUACUGUGCAAGCACCCAACAAAGUGUUGAAUGAUCUGUUCAUCUACAACAUGCGCCGCAGCCCUCAACUGUCAGAAACAUUCACGUUCGAGGUCGCGUUUGACACGACGUUUGAACAGCUUGAGCAAUUACGGGCCAAGAUGUUCUAUUUUGUUCAGUCACAGAGGCGUGAUUAUCUACCAGCAUUUGAUGUAAAUGUUGUCGAUUUCCCAGAACAAGAGAAGAUGGUACUGAGCGCUGAUAUCAAAUAUAAAAGUAAUUCACAACAAGCGGCUUUGAAAGCAAAACGCAGGAACCGAUGGAUAUGUCAACUAAAAACGACAUUGGCGGAAUUAGGUAUCUACGGACCAUCUGGAAAUCCUGGAGCAACUCCGGCACCGAAACGCUACACUGAAGUCCCAUGGGAGGAAGCCAAGGCAGGAGACACUAAACAUCAGCCUAUCACCUCUGGAUCAACCCCGGCUGCUGGUUGGAGAUUGUCAGACUCAAAUGCUGGCAUGCAUAACGACGUAGACAAUAUAUUCGACAGCCCUUCUGAACUUGCUAUGCCUGAGCCUCGUCGAGGCCUGUCGAGUGGCCGGGUUACCCCGAAUCAAACACCAGUGAUACCUUCUAUGCCUGGCGUAGCAACGGUGCCCGCUUAUCCCGCUCCUACUUUCUCUAGUCGUGCAGGAACGGAUUCUUAUGAAUUGACUCAACGACGUUGA